CUCCGAAGUCAUGCCGGUAGCGGCUAUGAUUUCCCCAGACAGAAGAGUGAGCACUCAUCAUUCAUAGCCUUGAAGCGACUACGAUAACCACCAGGCUGUCGGCCCAUAGCCACAUGGACAUCGCGGGACAGACGGAGGAGCCUACGGACGCUUCAGCGAAGUCCCGCCAGAAGAGAUCUCGCACGGGCUGCUUGACCUGCCGUACGCGCCGCCGCAAAUGCGACGAGGGUAAGCCAAGAUGCCAAAAUUGCAUAUUAAAGGGGUUCGAGUGUAAAUACGCAGCUGCAUUCCAGAUACUAGGAAAGCAUAAUUUUACCCCAGAAGUGCCGACCAAAGCAGGCUAUAAGGAAGUGCAGUUCGUCUCGCAACACGAAGAGAACACUGGUCCGAAAGAAACCGAACAAACCGGGGGAGAAUCAAACCCCAAGGAUCCCGUGAGUACGCAACCCCGGCAAUCACAAAAGCCGCAGAACGAUCGGAGCACAACUGCUUCGCAAGUCACUCCAAUUCAAAGCCCAUCCGCGGAACGUUAUGAGUACGCCUUGCAUGGCCUACUAGCACUCGGAAGCGGGAAUAAUGGAGGGGAUGCUACUGGGGUAUCUGAAGUCGACUCUGCGAGGAUGCACUUUACCGAGCCAGGCCAUGCAGUGCUACCCAAUCGAAAUAGCGUCGCCAUUGAUCAUUUCCACACAGAGCCGGCCUCGAUUGUUGUUGGAGAAUACCAAGAGAGCCCGAGCUUGCGAUCUUGGCCUUCCGUGAGCGCAAUCCCUUCCAUUGAGGCUCCCCAGAUGACAGAUGAGCGUAUUCUGGAGUAUUUCACACACUAUCGAUACAAGAUUGCGCCCUGGUUGGAUAUUUGCGAUAUGAAGCAAUGCUUCGGCUGCGAGGUGCUCCAAUUGUCCAACACAUCAUCACCAAUCCAGCUUGAAAUAUUGGCUCUUGCAGAAGCUUCUAUUGGUGCUCGUCAAAAGUUACAGGGUGUUUCAGGGAACAUGCUCACGCCCAUAAAAAGAUCAAAGGACCCACCUGGAGACAAAAUACAGGAAGCUUUGUUAGACGCCUUUGUGACAGUGAAGGCCGUGGUCACGAGUCUGUCAGAGUUCUGGAAUGACCAGAAUAGCGUCUGGGAUACACAACACGCGCUCGAACCGCUGCUAUUUGAAAUUAACCGAGACCCAAGUGGGAAGAAUGGGCCUUUGGCGCCUGCAACCUUUUGGUUGAUCGCAAAACUUCAAUUGAGUGUAGCCCUGAUGAGCCAUGGUACAGUGAGGAUACCUCUACCAACCGCAUCUAUCUCGGCUUCGGAAUAUGUUUCUGCCGGAGAUGCGGAACGCGUGGCCCGAUAUGCUCACGACGCUGUAGCUUUGUGCAUCGAUGCAACAGUUUUUAGUCGCGGAGAUGAAGAUAGAUGGUUGCAGCAGCAGUAUGGGCUGAAUCGUGUUGAAUUGUGGAAGACUCUGGUCGCCGGGUUCGAACGUUGGUAUAAACACAGACCCCUCGAUUUUCAGCCCAUCAUCGAACUGUACCCAAGGGACGCUCCCACUUCCGAAGAUGGAUUUCCAACGCUCGUAUUCUCUAGUGGAGCAACUGUGCUGGCUAAUCAGCUCUACCACACCGGCAUGCUGCUUCUACUGCAGAACAAGCCGCGAUUCAUGGAUCGACCGCAUUCUCAGUCUCCCUCCAUGUCCGCUCUUUGGCACGCUCAUCGAGUUUGCGGGAUCUCUCUCAGUAACGAUCGCUGGGAUUGUUGGGAUCCAAGUCUUGUAGCCUCAUUUCUCGUAGCUGCGAAGACGGUCACUCAUCAGAGCCAGCACAAGGCAAUCUUGAGCACGUUAGAGAAUGUCCAGCAGCUUACAGGAUGGAACAUCUCGCAACAUGUGGAACAACUCGCAGUCGAAUGGCAGCAGGCAAAUGGCUGGUGAGCAGCGGACCGUCGUGGCUACAGUACUUGUACAGAAUUCUGGGUACAAUCGGCCUGUGUAUAAGCC